GACACCCAUGGGCAGUCCUCAAUCUCCCAUAGUAUUUUUAUCAGCUACUCAAAUCCGAAUAGACUAGGAGGGAAGGUGUAUAUAGAAAUAUUUAUAUAUUCGCGACAUUCGUGUUGUCAGGCCUCUCGUGUGGAGGAUUCAUCCCGGGAUAUUGAAUGGAAGCGACGGCUGAAGGGGCGGCCAGUCUGUUUGAGGCCGGGGAUGGGAGCCCGUUAUCCGGGGAAGCAGCAUCCGAGGACGCGGAGACGGAAAGCGGGAUGGACUCGGACUCUGCAAUGAAAAAGACUUUCAUCACAGAGAUGCCAGGAAGCUCUUCAGGCCAGCCAGCCCACGGGAAGAAGAUCGGACACAGAGGAGUGGACGCAUCUGGAGAGACCACUUACAAGAAGACCACAUCAUCAGCACUCAAAGGGGCCAUUCAGCUAGGCAUUGGUUACACGGUCGGGAAUUUGAGUUCCAAGCCUGAAAGGGACGUGCUUAUGCAGGAUUUUUAUGUGGUGGAGAGCAUCUUUUUCCCCAGUGAAGGGAGCAACCUGACGCCAGCCCAUCAUUACCCAGACUUCCGUUUCAAAACAUACGCUCCUGUAGCCUUUCGUUAUUUCAGAGAGCUCUUCGGGAUACGGCCAGAUGACUAUUUGUAUUCGCUCUGUAAUGAACCACUGAUCGAGUUGUCCAAUCCUGGAGCCAGUGGCUCUGUCUUCUACGUCACCAAGGAUGAUGAGUUUAUCAUCAAGACAGUAAUGCACAAGGAGGCAGAAUUUUUGCAAAAGCUUCUGCCUGGAUAUUAUAUGAACUUGAAUCAGAAUCCUCGCACUUUAUUGCCCAAGUUUUUCGGGCUGUACUGUGUACAAUCGGGCGGGAAGAACAUUCGAAUGGUGGUGAUGAACAAUGUGCUGCCCAGGGUGGUGCGUAUGCACCUCAAAUUCGACUUGAAGGGAUCUACCUACAAACGACGGGCCUCCAAGAAAGAGCGGGAAAAGGCAAAGCCCACUUUCAAAGACCUCGAUUUCAUGCAGGAUAUGCCAGAUGGACUCAUGCUGGAUACAGACACUUACAGUGCCUUGGUGAAGACAUUACAGAGGGACUGUUUGGUAUUGGAAAGUUUUAAGAUUAUGGAUUACAGUUUGCUGCUAGGUGUUCAUAACAUUGAUCUGGCAGAGAAAGAGCAACAGAUGGAGGGAUCUCAGGGCAACAGUGAUGAAAAGAGGCCACUGGCACAGAAGGCGCUCUACUCCACUGCCAUGGAGUCCAUUCAGGGAGCGUCUGCCUGUGGAGAAGAAAUCGACACUGAAGACACGAUGGGUGGUAUUCCUGCAAUCAAUGGUAAAGGAGAUCGUCUGUUAUUGUACAUCGGAAUCAUCGACAUUCUGCAGUCUUACAGGUUAAUAAAGAAAUUAGAGCACACUUGGAAGGCUCUAGUCCAUGAUGGGGACACAGUGUCCGUUCACAGACCUUCUUUCUAUGCUGACAGAUUCUUCAGAUUCAUGAGCACUACUGUAUUCAGGAAGACUUCCUCGUUGAAAUCCUCUCCAUCGAAAAGGGGUCGUGGGGGUCUGGCUUUGGCCAGAUACAGUGGCCCUGGGGCUGCCUGGUCGGCCAGCCAGCUGCCCUUUGUGAGAGAUGAGAACAUCUACGACCUGAGAGGAGCACGUAGUUUCCCUACACUGGAUGACAAUGGUCGGCAGCUCCCCUGCACCCCUCCUUCAUUUGAGGAUGCCACCACAGCCUCCAUCGCAACCACGCUGUCCUCUACCACCUCUCUGUCCAUCCCAGAACGCUCUCCGUCAGACACGUCUGAACACUCACGCAACAGGAGACACACCCAGUCUAGUCACGAAGAAACAAUGCAGGAUGAGGACCAACAGACCAUUACAGUGGAGGUGGAAGUGGAGGGACGAUAUGACAGUGAACCCACCCUUGUGGCUCCCCAGCCAUCGCCGGAGAUCAGUGAAAGUACAGAGAUGCUUCUAGAAGCCUCAUCAUCCUCCGUCCCAGCGAGCCCCAGAAUAGUGGUAGAAUCUGACAGUGCCAGUCAGGCCUCAGGCUGCACCAGCCGCGCCUCCGUGGACGAGGACGAAGAUGUGCCAAUUACCGACAUCUACUUUCCUCCAGAGGAUAGGAGCUGGGUUUAUUCUCCCCUGCACUACAGCUCAGAGCCUAAGACUCUGCCAGAGGACGAAGGGGAGAGUGAAACAUAAUCAGACCUCAGCAGAGAACAGAGAGCAGAAGCUACGAGGUUUGGACUCUUCAGAAGCAUCUUUGGAUUUCUUCCGGAAGCUCGACUGGCUGUUUCACACCAUGUUUGGGCUGACAACUGCUACCGUUGGAUUUAUUCCUGUCCUCUGUAUUAACUUGAGCUUGAUCAGUUUCAUUGUUCUGUCACCUUUUCCACAAACAAAACCUAGUAAAUAAUACCAAUGUCCAGACAUAUUUAUAAUAAUGAAUAUAUUUAUUAUUAAUUAUCUUGUUCUCUUUCUUUUUUGUCUUCUUGUUUUAUCAUUUACAUACUGUGAAUGUGUUUUCCAGUUCAAGUUAGGAGACUCAUGACUUAGAGGCCGUUCACACCGAACGCGUGUUUGUGUCCGUCCACUGUGUUUUUUGUAAACACGCCGUGUCUCAAGCUUAAACUUUUAAAAUGCUUCUCGAAACACCUGCUUUCUGUUCAAUUGGUUGUGCUACAUCUAGCUUCUUCAGCUAAUUCGGACUGAACAGCUCCUAAGUGGUCCAAAAGUAGCACGUUAUGUCACCUGCAUUAAAUAGAAAGGUUUUUUUUAAAACGUUGCUUCGUUGAACUACUAUGAUUUAUAUUGCACAUCAGAACUUUCUUUACCAGGCAGGAUUGUUCCUUUCCUCGCAUUAUUGCAAAUGACCAACAUUUCAUUUGAAUAGCUUCCGUUUCUGUUGCAGUCAGAAAUGGACGUUGAUUUGUUUUUAUUGAUUCUGCUUCAGCAGAAACCCUUCAUACAGCAAUAGUGAAACAUUUAAUGUUCGGUUUACACUCUCCAACGUUUCAGAUUUAUGAAAGUGCAAAGUUAAAUUGUAAUUGAUGUGUUGGAUUUUCAUGAAAAUAAUUGAUAUUUGAUUUUAUGGUGUUUUGUACAACCAUAGUUUACAGAGAGAGCUUUUAUUACAGUUUUAAAAGAGAAGUUAAACUACAAGAUGGGACCAAACCUAUUGUGUAGGAGGCCAAAUAGUUAAAACAAUAUCUUGUAUCACAAUCAUUUAACUAUCAGAGAUGUUACAUUCAUAUAUGAGAGGUUAUAAGUGCAAGUUAAAACAAUUGUAAAUCCAUAUGUAUAGAUUUAUGUGUGCAUAUGCAUUUGAGUGGGUUUGUGGUUUCAAGUAAGCGAGCGUAUAAUUUCACAAUGGAAGUGUGCCGCACUGAUCCAUAUAAUGUGCAAGUGACCAGUUGCUAUUGAUUGCUGUUGUAUCUUGAAUUAAGGGACUACUGCUGCAAUAUUUGUAAAGUGUAGCACACGCAUAUUUUGACUGCCUUAAUUUUUCUUUUUUGCCAACCUAAACCCUGUUGUGGUUCAAAUAUUCAAUGUUUUUUUUUUCUGAUUCACCAAUGAUAGUGUCCUAGAUAGAUUGUAUAUAGACCUAUAAAUAUAUAUAUAUACAUAUGAAAUGUUAUUUAAGGUUUUAUUUUUUAUUUUGCAUAAGUAACUUAUGAAAGGUGUCCAAGGUCUACAUUCUUCCAGAGUUAAGGACAUGCAACAACUUGUGUUAAGUCUAGGCUGUUUUUUGUAUUGUGUAAACAUUACGGUUUGGAUCUAUAUAGAUCUAUAAAGUCUUAGACAUGCAACUGUAUUGAACGCUUACUCUUCCAACAGUUGAGCUGUGUGUGUGUGUAUGGUCAAAAAGAUUUGUGCCCCUCAAUGAGACCCUCAAUUGCAAAAGAGCAUGACAAUGUGAAAAUGUCUGUUAACAUUGAUGUAAAGCAUAUCCAUUUAUCUUUGCAAUAAGAUCACAAAAGAUGGACUGAUGUGUGCGUGUAUAUAGUAUGUUCAAACCCCUAAAAUAAAUAUCAAUACAUCUCUUUGAAACUCUGGCUUGUUUCAAAGUGUUAUUUUCCCGAGUCAGAUUUUCCUGACAAAUGGUGGUUGCAAAUAAACCUCAACUGUGACAAAAAUGUAACAAACAUGAAAAACUGGAAUAAAACGGAUUCUUUUAAUGGCUUCAAAACUGAUUAAUACUAGUAACCAUUUAUUUUUGUUUUAUUGUUGAUACAGUAUAUUUUACCAUUUAUCAAACAUGAAAAGCCAACAACAUAGCAUUAUCACUGAAGCUUUCCCAAACUUUGAAGCAAUUUAACCAAUUUCUGCACAAACUUAUUCACCGUUUCG